AUGUGGGGAAGAUUAAACACAAAAGAAAGGCUAGCUAAGUAUGAUGUGAGUAUAGAUGAGACUUGUCUCUUAUGUGGGAAAGAGAAAGAAUCAAUUAAGCACCUGUUCUUUGCUUGUGAUUACAGCAGGAACUGUCUCCAGGAAGUCAAAAAUUGGCUGCAUUGGAGAUUAAAUGCAGAGUCGGUGCAAGGCAUAAUGAAAAACAUAAAAAACAACAAGACCAGUUCAGCAACGAGAAGAAGCAUGCUGAAAGUUGUAAUAGCUGGGUUGAUUUAUCAUAUUUGGGAAGCUAGGAACGAUGUUCUAUGGAACCAAAAGGUGAGGCGCAGCCAGGCAGUAGUGAAGCACAUUCAAAGGGAGAGCAAGAUUAGGAUCAUAGAGAUUAUGCCCAAGAAAACUAAAGAUGUAGAUAGAGAAUGGAUUGUGAAUAUCUAA